AGGUAAAGCCUGGCGAAAGGUUUUCAAUUUCUUCAGAGAGAGAGAUAGGAGGAGGAGGAAAAGAGAGAAAGAGAAUUGCUUAACGCCUGUAUUGUGGAAAUGUAUUACGCGGGGUUGUUCUGGUUACCUUGUCUUGUGACAAUUGCUGUGAUUCUGCUUUCCUUGCUCAUGCUUAAGAAGAGGGGAUCAAGAAGCGCAACUACCGCCACCGCUGGGAACAGUACUUCAGCCGCCUCCGCUGCCGCUGCCGAUGCCUCCUCCGCCCCCGCCCCUUCCUCCGGCUACGACUCCGACUCCGACUCCGGAGGGGAAUACGAAGUAUUCUUGAGUUUCAGAGGCAAUGACACUCGUCACGGCUUCACCGAUUUCCUCUACAGCGAUCUUGUCGAUGAUAGAAUUCGCACCUUUAGGGACGAUGAUGAACUUCGCGUAGGGGAAGUGAUCGGCCCGGAGCUUCUCAAAGCAAUCAAGGAAUCGAAAAUCUCCGUCCCAAUCUUUUCCAAGGGCUAUGCUUCUAGUAAAUGGUGCCUCCGUGAGCUCGCCCAGAUGGUCGAGUGCCGAACAACUAUGGGACAAAUGAUUUUACCUAUUUUCUACGACGUCGAGCCAUCCGAUGUACGACAUCAAACGGGGAGUUACGAGGAAGCCUUUCGCCUACACGAGAAGCAUUUCGAUGAAAAGACUGUCCAAGGAUGGAAGGAGGCUCUGAGAGAGGUUGGACAAUUGAAGGGAUGGGAAUUGAAGAAAGAAACUAAAGGGGAACCAAAAUGGUUGAAGCCCUCCGUCUUGACUUUGAUUACUCAGAGUUAGAAUCUCGUCACUGUUUUAGAUAUGAAGAAUUCGAGAAACUUCCUAAUUUAAGGUUUCUCCAAAUGCAAUACACAGACCUUGCUGGAGAUUUUAAUCAUCUUCUUUCAAAGUUAAGAUGGCUUCACUGGCAUGGAUGCCCAGGGAAUUUUGCGCCAACAAAUUUUAAUUUAAAGAGUCUAGUCAUUCUUGAUCUAUCAAGCAGCAAAGUCACUGAUGAUUGGGGGGUUUGGAGUCAAAUCAAGGUGGCAAAAAGGUUGAAAGUUCUAAAACUCUCAUGUUGCUAUGGCUUAACCAAAAUUCCUGACAUUUUCACAUUUGCAACUUUAGAGAGAUUGAUUCUUGACGGUUGUGUAAAUGUGGUGCAAAUUGACCCAAUGAUUGGGAAUCUAAUUAAUUUGAGAGUGCUUGACAUUUCAUAUUCUGGCAUAACAAGGUUACCUGAUGCUAUUGUAAAUUUAGAGAAGCUUGAAGAGAUAAAUGCCUCGUUAUGUGAAGAUUUGGAGGGGAAAAUUCCUAGUAAUAUUGGGAGACUAUCCUCUCUGAGGAUCUUGCGUUUAAAUUCUACCGAGAUUUGUAGCCUGCCAACAAGCAUUGCUGGGCUUUCUCGCCUUGAAACCCUUGAUGUGUCCAACUUAGCGCUUUCCUCGCUGCCGGAGCUUCCCCCGAGUUUAACAACUCUACGUGUCACAUGUGACGAAUUCCCAAGUCUUUCCAACUUGAUGAAUUUGAAGGCAUUAUUCGUGUAUGAGUGCUUGUAUCUGGUGGAAAUUCCUAGAGAUAUUGGGAAAUUAUCCAAAUUGGAGAGCUUGCACUUGUACAAUACCAACAUUAGCACCUUACCGAUAGAGAUUGCUGCCCUAUCUCGGCUCAAGAAAUUCACAGUACAAUCCUGCAAAAAUCUUCAUUGUAUCCCUGGGCUUCCCUCUAGUUUAUUCGAAAUAUGUAUUGAGGAUUGUAAAUCACUGGAAAGAUUGUCAAAUUUGUCAGAUAUGAAGAAUUUAUCAGAUUUAAAGCUUGUUCAAUGCUCUGAGCUGAUGGAGAUUCAAGGCCUGGGGAAAUUAGAUU